GCUCUCUGCCCGAGCAAAGGGAAAACGUCUUCUUCUUGAGCGUAAGAGGGUUCCGGGUCCGUCCAACGCCAACUUUCAUCCACGUAAGCGAGACGAAAGGGCGGAGUCCUUGAUCCAUAAGACAAGGGAAGUCAACACCCUUUGGCCCGUGGUCAGCUCGGCCGGCAGACAUUCGGAAAGAAGAGACGCGGUGCGGCUGAGUCACCAUCUCUUGACACACCGACGAUGUAUCCGAGCGGACAAGCGCCUGCGCCGCCGAGCGGCCAGCAGUCGGCCUUUUCCCAUCCACCUCACCUGAUGCCCUCACCCUCCGCUAAUGGCACGCCUCCUCACAUGGGCUAUGGCGGACAGUACGUGGGCUAUCCUGGUCACCAGCAAGGCCACUUUCGUCCGUCGCCAGCCACCGGAGGUAAUCCGGGCAGCAGCACCAGCUGGAGUCCCAUGGGCCAAUCCAGUCUUGCCGGUGCUGACGGUGGGGAUGACGAGGACGAUGAUGAAGAAGAUGAUGAAGACGAGGAUGACGACGAUGAGGAUGACGAGGAUGAAGACGAGGAUUCCGGGAGCAAGCGAGGGAAAAAGCGAAAGCGAACAGGCGGCAGUGCGAAGGGAAAGGGUUCGUCUGGAGGCAAGGGAGAUGAAGGCGGUCAGGGACAGCAGCAAGCUGGAUCAGACGGAAAGAAGCCCAAGCCAACCCGCGGGGCAAAGGCCUGCAAGAACUGUCGCCGUCUCAAGAUGCGCUGCGUUGGCGCAGAGAAUGGCCCUCCGUGCGACCGCUGCAAGCAUACGAACCACGCAUGCAUCUUCGAGGAGUCCAACAGGGGCAAAAAGGGCGGCAAGAACCAGCGGACCGAGGCCAUGGCAGCAAGCCUGCGGAAGAUGGAGGCGACGAUGAACAAUCUCAUUCGAAGCCUCAAGGACCCUGCGAGUGCCUUUUCCCAAGGCGCGGGAAUGGUGACGAGGAGUCCCAGCCCGGCUACGAUUGACCGUGAGCGGGGUGAAAGAGGCAAUCAGGACAAAACGGCGCUGGAUGGACGAUCGGGCGCCUCAUCGUCGCGCUACUUCAACGACCGGCAGAGCCACACGAGCCAGCUGCAAGAUCGCGAACGGCUCAGUCGCGGCUGGCCCUCGGUCGACGAGGCUGAUGAGCUGGGAAGGAUUUACCCCGCACGCCCCUCGAGCAACAGCGAGCAGCAGGACAAAGACAGCCGCUGGCAGGCGACGGCCAGUCCAGGCGGCGGCCAUGUCAAUCCGCGCGCCUUGGAUAAUGAUGGCCGGUCUCGAGGCGGUCCGAGCACGCAGACAUCGCCAGCCAACGUACCGACCGUGCUGCCCACCGCGGCUGUUACGGGCACGCGCUUUGUCGAGCCCGAGCGACCUCUCCGGACACGCCGGCAUGGCUCACCGCGACUACACAGCCUGCCAGACAACACCUUGAAUCCACUGGGUUUGCUCGCCGAAGCGAGCCUUCACAACCACCAGCGCGCUCGAAGGAUGACGAGCAAAAAGGGUUCCAACACCCUCGAUGACACGGCUAGAAUUGCCCUCAAGGCCACCGGAGGUUUCGCGGGCAGUCACUCGGGAAGUGCAUCCAGUCCUGGGAGCCAGACCGGGGGGACUAGCGUAGCCAUGUCAGGGGGAAGCCCGGCUGGGCCGGUCAAGCAAGAAGGUAGCGAAGAAGGUCGAGCUGCGUCAAGUGGACCGGGGAGUGGGACAGGCACGGGUACAGGUACAGGAGUGGGCACAGGGACGGGGACUGGCGAGGCGACAGCGGCUUCGAGCCCUGAGAAGCGCACCGAGAAUCCGCCAGACGCGCCAAAUACGGCUGGUGGGGUAGGAAAGCGGCCGAGCACCGCAAGCAUCGUACAGGAGGAGUACGUCGAGUUCCCUGGCGCCGAACGAGCAAAGCAGGCGAGAGCAAGGGUGGGGACCUCGGGUCUACCCGGCCCCUCAGGCGCCAAUCCCGGCGACGAGACGCCCGAACGGGUACACCUGGGCGUCGCGUCCGAAACGUACUUCAAGCCUGGUCCCAUGACCAUUCUACCCCUCCGCCGCAUCGUCAUCGAAAGGGAGCUCCCACCAGAGCUCCUCACUCAAGGCAUCAUCAGCUCGCAGGAAGUCCUCGAACUUUUCCAAAUAUUCUUCCACCAUUGCAGCCAGCACGUCGUCCUCCUCGAUCCCGAAUGGCACACACCGACGAUGAUCUGCAGCCGGAGCCCGUUUCUCUUCACGUGCGUGUGCACGAUAGCCAGCAAGUUCUACGCAAAGCGGCCAGAGUUGCACCUCCAGUGCCUGCAGCAGGCCAAGAAGAGCGCCUACAUGAUCAUGAGCAGAGGUUUCAAGAGCGUCGAAAUCGUACAAGGUUUCAUGCUACUCUGCUUGUGGAAUCAGCCGGCGGAACGAUUCGAAGAGGACAAGACAUGGCUCUUUUCUGGUGUGGCGAUCAGAAUGGCGACGGAUCUAAACCUUCAUCGCAAGUCGGUCGCCUCGCUACCUGGCAAUCCUCAUCCUGACGACCCGGUGGUGGUGGAGCGAGAGCGCGAAAUCAUCAAUCGCGAGCGGACCUGGCUCAUGUGUUUUAACAUCGACCGUAGCAUCUCGGGUCAAAUGGGCAAGCCCUGGACGAUUCGCGAAGACUGGAUUAUUCGAAACAGCCGGCAUUGGUGUCUUCAGAGGCUCAGUCAGCCGUGGGACCUUGGCAUCAGCGGGCUUGUAGAGCUCCUCAGGCUGACGUCGCGCCAACUUGAUUUCCUCUACUCGAGCACUACGUCAGUUUCUGGUCUUAACACCGAAAUCGAUUACGGCUCCAUCCUUCGCGUCUUCAACGAACAGAUCGAAGAGUGGCACUCCGUUUGGACGUCUCGUGGCUUUUUCAGGUCCCCACAUGAAGACCAAGACAACAAGCCAGCAGGACUUCGAGGCGUACCAGCUGAAGAAAGCGUUGGGGAAGCCGCGCCCUCGGCCAAUGCAACGGAGGCAGAGAAGGAGGCGGCAGAGCGCUAUCGGUCUGCCAACACCAAUACGCCGCCACCGGAUGACGAGGAUCACCACAGGAGAACGCUGCACUUCAUCACAAAGCAAGCUCCCAUGCGCUACAACUACGCGGUUCUCAUCCUCAAUUCAUUCGGACUUCAGCAUGCCGUGGACUUUCCCACAAGAAGUGGACUCGACAAAGGUCUCUACUUCACCAAGUGCUUGGAGGCAGCAAAGGGGAUCGUCGCGGCCGCCCGUGACGGCCUACGUCCUGUGCUGAGGUACAGCCCCGACACACACUUUGUCAUCAUUUCAUAUGCUUGCGUCUUCUUGCUCAAGCUUACUCGCCCGACAUUUGCCAACUACGUCGACGAGGACGAAGUGCUUGCCAUCGUUGCGGACGCGGCCAACCUGCUCGAGUCAGUGUCCAUGUAUCCGACGCACACACCAGCGUUGUACUCUGCCUUUCUGCGGGCACUGCUCCAAGCUCGACAAGAGAGGACAGCGACGAGCCGGAGCGGGGCUACCACACCCUAUGGCCGCUCGCGAGGUGCCUCGCCCCUGGGCGCCGAUGCCAACGGCGACUUGGACAAUCUGCCCGAGGGUGGGGCGUAUGCGUCUGCAGAGGGAGGUCCGGCCGCUGCUCCUGCUGCAGGGGCGGAGGAGUCGGGUGACGGCGCUCCCAACCCGGCAGGAGCUGCCUUCAACCUCGGUCUAGGCAUGGUCACGCCUUCUCAGGGCAUGUCUCAUCCGUCUUCUUCCUCGCUCUUGAAUGCUGGGCUGGGCAACUUGGCCAUGAAUGGCCUGAACGGCAAUCCAAGCCUCACUGCUGAGCAAGCUGCUGCACUCAAUGGCAUGGACCCCCAUGGCGGCGUCAACGGCUUGCAGGUCGACCAGCUGCUCAAUGACUCCUUCUGGAGCUCCUUGCUGCCCCCUGGCUUCGGAGGGCCCUUGGAUGGGCUCGCGACGGGUAGCGUCGAAAUGCAUCCCAUCAUGACUCCUUCUGCCAAUCAAGGAGGAGGUCAUACGGGCCAGACCGGGAACCAGACGGGGCCCCCGUCUGAGUCGGGCAUCACACCCGGCCAGACGAGGGCAAGCACUCCGAGCAUGCUCAACACCUUUGGACCCAACGUUCGUUUUGACUUUUCUGCCGGUUCACUCUCAUAAUGAAGGACGCCAGGAAAAUGCUCGUUACUCCUCUCAAUUCCCCGCCGAUGUUGUCUCGAAAUGUAAUCACAUGUAGACUUUUCAGUGUGUCGUCAUUUUGCCUCAAUGCUGCACCAAAUGGUGUAUUAUUGGCCUGCAACUUCUCCAG